AUGGCCGCCAAGCGAGGUGGGCGGAGCCUCUCCGGGUAUUUCCUGGCCGGACGCAGCAUGACCUGGGCUCCGGUGGGGGCGUCUCUCUUUGCCAGCAACAUCGGCUCCGGGCACUUCGUGGGGCUGGCGGGGACGGGCGCGGCCGGCGGCAUCGCCGUGGGAGGCUUCGAGUGGCAGUUCAUCGUGCUGCUGCUGGGCUGGGUGUUCGUGCCCAUCUACAUGAGAGCCGGGGUGAGCACCAUGCCUGAGUACCUGGGCCGGCGCUUCGGGGGGGGGCGGAUCCGGCUCUACCUGGCGCUGCUGUCCCUGGGGCUCUACGUCAGCACCAAGAUCUCGGUACUGGUGAGCACCAUGCCUGAGUACCUGGGCCGGCGCUUCGGGGGGGGGCGGAUCCGGCUCUACCUGGCGCUGCUGUCCCUGGGGCUCUACGUCAGCACCAAGAUCUCGGUGAUCGUGCAGCGCUGCCUCGCCGGCCGCUCCCUCACCCACGUCCGCGCCGGCUGCGUCGUCUGUGGCUACCUCAAGGUGAUCGUGCAGCGCUGCCUCGCCGGCCGCUCCCUCACCCACGUCCGCGCCGGCUGCGUCGUCUGUGGCUACCUCAAGGUGCUGCCCAUGUUCCUGAUGGUGCUGCCCGGCAUGGCCGCCCGCGUCCUCUUCCCGGAGGUGGUGGGCUGCGCUGACCCCCAGGGCUGCUCCCGGGCCUGCGGCUCCGCCCUCGGCUGCUCCAACGUGGCCUAUCCCCGGCUGGUGCUGAGCCUGCUGCCCCCCGGGCUGCGCGGGCUGAUGCUGGCCGUGGUGCUGGCCGCGCUGAUGUCGUCGCUGGCCUCCAUCUUCGCCAGCUCGGCCGCGCUCUUCACGCUCGACGUGUACCGGAAAGUGCGGCCGGGGGCGGGGCCGCGGCACCUGCUGCUGGCCGGGAGGCUGUGGGUGGUGGCCAUGGUGGGGCUGAGCCUGGCCUGGCUGCCGGUGGUGGAGGCGGCGCGGGGCGGGCAGCUCUUCGACUACAUGCAGGCGCUGGCCUCGUACCUGGCCCCGCCCGUGGCCGCCGUCUUCUUCCUGGCCGUGUUCGUGCCCCGCGUCAACGAGCCG